AUGACUCCCCCGAAGCCGAGCUCCCAUCCUGCAGCGGCUGCCGGAAACGGAAACUCAAGUGUUCCAGACAGAGACCAGCUUGUUCCAACUGUGAGCGAUUGGGUGCGCCUUGUCUUUAUGAGAAUCGUCGGACGAAACCAGAGCCCAGGCAUUAAUUUAGCCGAUGUUUGUCGAAGACUGCCUAUAUGCGGUGGGAGCUGGUUCCACAACGAGCCAGCGGUGACACCCUACUUCGGAAACUGGGACGAGCUAACAGUGCAUAACAGUCACGGGACGAGUCCUUACUCCGUUGGAAGCAAUGCUGGUGGUGCAAACGGACCAGCGAGUACCCUCAAUCGAUUCACUUUGCCAGAUAUCGAAGAGCUUCCUUUAACCUACCGUGGACUUCUCCACCAGACAGGAGGUAUCUCUUUAGCUGACGAAGUUCAAAGAACUCGAUCUCCGUUUAGUACAAAGAUAUAUCUGCCUCAGCAAUGGAAAGACUCUAGCGUGUCGCGCAAGAUAAUGCCUGGCGUAAUAGACCCCAGCAUAACACUAGCUAAUGCGACGCACAACACUUCCGUAAUCCUCCUCCACAAGCGCAUUACAUACCCGGACUCUAAGCUUCUCAGCCUAAACCUCCCCAGUCAUUUUAAUGCCAAGAACUGUCUCAACGCCACCAUAGAGACGGCAAAUAUCACAACCAAGUACCUCGGAGGCUAUCCAUCAGCUCGUACUGUGCCACCGCAAAUAGGAAUAUGCGCCUACAUCAGUGCCAGAACUCUACUGGUUCACUCUCAAUACUACAGAACCCCUUUAGCCAAAGAAUUCAAGAAUCUGAUAGAUAAUUUGACGGACAUGUCCGAUCGGUGGACUGGUCUUGAACAGGCAGAAAAAACGGAUAAGUCUCCCAACUUCUUUAACCAGCUAUUCAACAUGCUGCAAGAUCAAUAUGAGGCGUCACAGAGAGCGGCCACAGGCCAGACCAUACCACGAGCAAUCUCGACCUUUGGAGCUGAAGGACCUAUGUUCAAUUCGAAUCACGCCCAUUCCAGCCCAGAUGUGCCACAGUCUGUUAACAACUUGACGCGCGGAAUGAAUCCGGUGCAGUUGAGCAACCACGAAUGGCACGUCGACUCGCAGUCACCACAUACAAUCUCAAAGGAUGACCUGUUCACAAUAUCUCAAACUCUCCUAAACAAUGACUUUCUUGAGCUGGAUCGUAUCGUCAGCUUCGAGGAUAUGAUGGCCGUUGGGAAUAUGCCACAGUAUUAUGGCACCAACAGCUACAGCUAG